AUGGGUGCUGGUGACAGCAAACUGUCCUUCAAAAAAGGCGUGUUUCGCCUUGCUGAGGAACAUAAUAUACCGGCAAAUGACCCCUAUUGGCUUUCAUUUUGGGAGCUACCAGAAUCAGCCGAAGACGUAUUUACUCUCUUCUCCGCGGCAGAUAUCCGCCGCACUCGCGAUGCCCAUCUGGAGAAUCUCGAAACUCUCAUCCUUGCUUUAGCUUCCAGACUCUUCACUCUAAGAAGCCAUCCAUCAUUCCCCGACCCAGAUCAUGCCCCAGAACGGGAUGCUCUCAAUUGCAUUCGGAUCUUAACCAGGGUUUUGCCCUUCAUCUACGAGAGGGAUGAUCUGGAAGAAUGGCAAGAAAGCUUCUUUUGGUCUCCUCGACGGAAAAGAUCAAGAGAUUCUCCGACGGUUCGGACCGAAGUCUUGUUUGACGAGAGAAAUAGAGAGGAUGAGACCACCCCCCAGUCUCCAGCAGCUGGAGAGGAGUUUGAAUCAGCUCCUCCAUUAAUGGAGGAGCUGAUAGAUACGUUAAUCGACUUACUAUUCCUUUCUGGAUUUACCUUGCCCCAGUCGUUUUCUACAAAAGCAAAGGUCUCCUAUGCUAUUUGGCAAAGUGGUGUUGGCUGCAACACACCAGUAGGAACAACGAAGGAAUUUGAGUCGAACAAGAUAGAGACUUUGAGGUUAUUGCUAGCAGUCGUGUCAAAAGCUGUAUUUAUGCCUGCAAACAUAUUACCUAUAAAAGGAACAAGAGCCUUGACCUAUAUGGUUACCUGUAGCGACAAAAAGAUCGUUCUGUCAACAUUAUGCUCACUUUUGAAUACUACUUUGAAAUACAAUCCAGCGAGCUGGAGGGUACCGUACGACCACGUUGUAUUCACCGACCCUCGACAGGUGCUUGUGACCUACUGCUUACAACUUCUCCUGGUUUUAUUGUUAUAUCCCGUCCCAGAGGGCCUUUCAAAUGAACUACAAGCAAAAAAUAAUUAUCGACAUUACUUAGGGAGAUUACAUAGGACUCAGGACUUUCAAUUUUUGGUCGAUGGUAUGACACGGGUCUUGAAUCAGCCGAUUCAAGCUACGACUUCAUACCUUCCAGGAAGUCAGAAAACAAUCAAAUGGGCACCGGAAAUGAUCAUGCUUUUCUGGGAGAGUCUGCAAUGCAACAAACGAUUUCGAAGUUUCAUAAUUGAUACCAAUCGGGUCCACGAUUUCGUGAUAUUAAUAAUUUAUUACGCAUUAGAACACAGGCUGGAUCCUUCCAAAUCGGGUGUCGUGCGGAUGUGCGUGUUUGUCCUGCAAACCUUAUCCACCGAACCCAAAUUUGGAAUGAGUCUCAAUAAACGCUUCGAAGGACAGAAUACGCUACCAGCCAGCGUCAGGAUCCCAUCUUUCAGUGGAACAUAUGCAGACUACUUGAUAAUUUCCAUUUAUAGCUUGAUUACAAGCAGCAAAGGAAAACUAGGGGCCGUGUAUCCAGCGUUAUUAGCGAUUGUAGCUAACGUUGCACCACACGUUAAAGGCUUGUCAUCAGCUGCCAGCGGGAAACUAGUGCAGCUAUUCGUCUCAAUGUCGGCUCCAGGGUUCUUGCUGGCAAACGAAACGAAUCACACAUUAUUGCAUUCUCUCCUGGAGUCUUUAAAUUCUAUUAUCGAACACCAAUACUCAGAGAAUCCAAAUUUCAUUUAUGUUUUACUCCGGUCUCACAAAAGAUUCGAGGCUCUUCGGAACUUUACCCUCGAGAGCGGACAGGAGGAGAUCGACCGCCAGAAUAGGCUUAGAAAGGAUAGAAGUGAAAACGAAAGUCAAAGCCCUCCUAAAAUGCCAUUAAACGAAGAAUUGCAUGUCCAAGCACAAGGAACAGGAUCUGAUACACCGACUCCACCAAGUCAAUUUGAAAUUGGAGAUGAUGAUGAUUCUGAGGAUGAGGUUAAACACAAAAAUCAAUCCUCUGCUGCCUCCAGUGGUGCCGUUGCUUCGCCCCCCCAAAAACCACGAAAUCCUUCCUUAUCCUCAUCUGUCGAAGAUGCGGUUCCAUUGCAGCUGCGCGGAAUGUCUGAAAAGGCUAGAGGGAAGCUCCCCGAAGGUUCCUUCCAGCGGCAGGGUAGCACAACUAGCCUAGCUAGUCAUAUUAGCACCAAUAGCCCUGCGACAUCCGCCACAGGAUUUACCCCUUCUACGGCUUGGAUUGAGACAUGGCUUCCGCAUUUACCACUACAUACAGUCCUCAUUUUGAUCCAGCAACUACAACCCCAGUUACGAUCAGUCUCAGGCAGUGGCGGUGGAGCACAGGAAUCUAACGCCACUUUAAUGCUUGAGCGUAUCAGAACGACAGAACUUCAUGGAAUCGAGCCAUCUCUUGUCAAGACCCAUAUGUUUGAAUGGAGUCCUUUAGCCCUGGGAUGGUACGAAUCUUUAUUAUGGGGGUUUAUUUUCGUAUCCGAGAGAGUUCAGGAAACCGCCCCAGAAGGCCCCAGUCUUUUGGCACCACGGGGGGGUGUAGAUGCCAUUGGAACCAACCUAAUCGAGCGACUGGGAAAUACCAUGUUGCCAUAG